UAUUGAACUGGGCGUCAUUUAAAACUGAUACCUUGACGUCGUUAAUUUCAUCUGCUAAACGAUAAAAUGGCAAGAUAUCUACCAACUCUCCUGUCUCUGAUAAUUAUCGCUGGAUUGUGUGGAAUCUUCGUCAUGGUGUUCAUCACGAAUGUGUUCUUCACGAAUAAACUCAGCAGAUACUCAGAUGAUGCUGUGUGUUCUCAUAUAUCUCCCGAUUUCAUUCGCGCACGCAGUCUGUUCCAGUCCACAAGGAAGGUAUCAAACGUGCUUAUCGUCACUCAUCCCCGAAGUGGUUCGACCUUGACCGGCGACAUCAUUCAGAAGUCAAAACACAGCUUCUACGCCUUUGAACCACUCCGAUUUGCAGCCGAGACCAUGCAACUUGGACAGCCGAUCACUUUUCUCAAUGGCACUCAACGUGUGUACAAUUACUCCCGAGAUGCGGCGUGGAUAGAAGCGGACUUGUUAUACAGAUGGUUUACAUGUGAUUUUUGUCGUGUAAACAUCAAAGAUCUGAAAAGCAAGUUUAUCGAGUCAUUCUCGACCAAUUUAAGGACAUAUGCAUAUUGUCUUAAACGACACUAUUAUAACCGUCCUUCACGAUGUGUGAUUCAUCUGCAAAGAACGUGCGAAAAAGCACGAGUCCGCUCCAUCAAAACAGUGCGCUUGCUCAGUUUGGAAUCCUUGGCAAUUUUGCUGGAAAGGAUGCCGAGCCUGAAAGUCGUAUAUCUAGUCAGAGAUCCAAGAGGACGGCUUGCAUCCCAAGCUUCUUUAGACCCAACGGAAUGGAACAUUGUAUCAGAACAAGCUAAGAUUAUGUGUAAACAAAUGUUAGAAGAAUUAAGCUAUCUAAAGACAAUAUGGAAACCUUAUUCCGAACGACUGAACAUUCUUAUUUACGAAAAAUUUGCAGUUAAUCCCGUAGAUUCAUCAAACAGAUUGUUUAAGUUUUUGGAUAUGGAUUUUAGUAGGUAUUUAGAGUUAUUUGUGAAGAACAUCACUCAUGCAAAUGCUGAUAAAACGAGUUGUUAUUGGUGUACGAAGCGAACGGACUCACAGGAAACAGCCACCAGGUGGCGCAGGGAUAUAGACUUCCGCAACGUAAAGGCAAUAGAUAAUCAGUGCAAUAGUGUGUACAAUCAGCUAGGAUAUAUCAGAUUUAAGAAUGAAGUUGAUCUUAGAAAUAUGUCAAUAUCUGUUAUAGAGGAAAUCGGCAGCCACGAUAUAUUUCUCUGAAUAGUUAUUGCAUUGUUAUCGAUGUCGUAACACCCAUUGUAAAUUGUAUCUGUCUGCGUCUUUCAAACAUGUAAUGAAUUCUGCAGCCAUCGCUCUUCCAUGUUUUUCUUGCUUUACUAUUCUAGAAUCAUAGGUGCUUAAACAUAAUGCAAUAUAUGUUUUACAUCUUGUUUAUACUGUUACAUACUAUAC